UAUUCAUAGCACUGCUUUACAGCAAGCCUGGUUUUGAAUGUUUAUUUUAAUACACGAUGGAAAUCGAUCCAGAGCUUUUGAAGGCCUUUGAAAACCUUCAGGUCUCUAUGCGACCUAUCAGCCCUGAGGAGAUAGCCGCCUUCGAUGAAAGCACCCCUUUAAAGGAGCGCAAUGAGAAGCAGGAUCACCCCUCGUACUCAAAAAUACCAAGAUUCUUCGAUCCUCCACCAAAACCAGAGGAUAAGAUCCGUCAAAUGCUGCGUAGAGAAGCUCAUUCGAUGUUCUUGCAACGACAGGCGGCUCUGCUCCCGGACACCGAUGAGUUGGACGAAAUGUGGAAAAUACUGCAGGAUCACGUUGAUGAGACCACAGAGGCCAAGGACCAGUUGAUGGAGUUCGAUAGCUUCAUUAAGGUAUCGGAAAAACUUGGCGAGAAGUUUGAGAUGUUCAUUAGACCACGUCUGUUCCUAACCUUAAUGGUUAACUCUCCCGUGCCAGGAAAAGCAGAAGUCCUAGCAAUUUUCAAAUAUGUAACAGGAAGAGUCGCACUGGAACAUGGACGCAUUGGCAUCAGUUUCUACGAUGAAAUGGGUCAGGGCUUUCUGCAGGAGGCUGACUUGGAGAACUACGUAAGGGAUAUAAUACCCACCCUGGCACAAGUAUCCAAUUUCUUGGACCCCUUGUUUGAAACUUUCUAUGUCUGCACAGUGGUGAAGAAAUUCUUUUUCUUCCUGGAUCCUUUGCACACAGGGCGUAUACGUAUCGAGGACGCGAUUGCCACGGGAAUGUUGUCGGAAAUAUUGGAACUAAGAAAGGGAGAAGAGGACCAAGAGAUUCACGAGAAACAGGAUCGUAACUGGUUUUCUUUGGAAUCCGUUAUUGAAGUUUAUGACACCUUUUUAGGUCUGGACAAGGAUCAUAAUGGCUUAUUGAGCAAGGAAGAACUGGCGAUGUUUGGUUCUGGGACUCUGACAUCCGUUUUUAUUGAUCGCGUCUUUAAAGUCUCUCGCACCUAUGAUAAUGAAAUAGAUUAUAAGGGGUUUUUGGAAUUUUUCUUCGCCCUGGAAAACAGAGAUAAACCUCCAGCACUGCACUACUUGUUUCACCUCUUAGAUGUCGAUCAUCAAGGCUUUUUGACUGCCCAUAACUUGAGUUAUUUCUUUGAUGAUAUUACUCAGCAUAUCAAAUCAACGGAUGCGGAGCAAGUCAACUUCCAAGACCUCAAGGAUGAGAUAUUUGACAUGGUCAAGCCCAAGGAUCCAAAUAAAAUUACUGUCAAGGAUCUAAUAAAUAGUGACCAAGGCGAUAUAGUGGUCUCUAUACUAAUUGAGUAUCAAAGGUUCUGUGCCUACGAGAACCGUGACGAAAAUCGUCAAAAAAUUUAAUAACGAGAAUUUCAAAUACUAAGCCGAAACGAUUUAAUUAAAUACCUGGACCUGCAUUGACUUUGGAAUUGUUGAAUUUAUGUUUUUUUCGCCAUCGCAUAGUUAAAUCAAAUGUGUAAAGUUCCUUAAAUAUUUUCACUCGUUUUAUUUGUCUUGUGGCUCCUAUAAUUGCAAAUGACUCAUCGAUAUUUA